AUGACGGAGGAGGAAAAGUGUAGUUCCCGAUUUGUGCGCGCCGCCACGAAGGAGUGUAAUGAUACCUCCUUCAACUGCUCGAUCAAUGAUCUAGUCGACCUUAGCGUUUUACUCACAAAACAAAGUUCUCCGAUCGAUAGCAUCUCGCCGGAAACGGCCGCAUCCACAAUCGGAGAGACGUCUUCGAUUCCUGAGAAGUCCAACGGCCGCAGAGGUCUGGUCCAAGAGAUGGCGUGUCUCGCCGGACUUCGGCCCAACGGGAUGCGUGCUGUACGUGCCGCCGCGAGGCCCGUGGAGGUGCUGAACGCGCCGCCGCCGUUGAUGUCUGGUGCAUCUUGCCAUGAUUAA